AGACAGAUUUUCUCAACUACAGAGAAGAAAAAGAGAGAAAAAAGGAAUGAUUUGAAAGACCUCUCUCUAUCUGCAAUAAAACCGCAAAACCCUCCUCUUAAAACCCUACACCUGUAUCUCUCCAACCUUCUCUCCCGUCUUUUCUUCCGCAAGCUCUCUGCAAAACGACCCCAAAUCAUAUCUUUUCUCCCGAUUCUGCAGCAGAAAUCGCCCGUCCAUGAGGUUUCCGAGCGAUUCUCGGAAGAAACUGAUACUCUCGUCUGGUUUUCCACGCCGUUUUUGAGCUUCUGCAGCUGGAGAGUUUCAGAUCCGUUCCUUCUCCUGCUUUCGAGAUCUGAUCCGAGCUUUUCUUCAGCUGAUUUGAGUGGAAACGGAGCAGUCUGAAGCGAUUUCAGUAAAACGCUUCGAGAUCUGUAGGAAUCGACGAUCGGAUUACGCCGAUGCGAGGACGCUGAAAAUGAGGAGCGUUGGAUACUGCGUAUCUGAGGCGUUUCUGCAGCCGUUCUUUUGGGGGUUUCUGGAUCGUCUGACGAUAGCUGGGAAGAGCAUCUGACGGUAAGAGGAGAAAUGGCGCCUGGAAAUACCAGCGGCUGGCUUUCGUUCUCAGUCUCGCCGUUGGAAAUGGUGCGGCCUUGCCAGUCCGAGAAGCUGCAAGCGUACGGAAGCUCUUUUCUCGAUUCGUCUUCUUCUUCUCAGAACUGCUUCUUUGAGGCCCUCCAUGGAAAUGAAUGGCCGAAUUUCAAACCUCCGAUCCCCUACACAACAGAAUUCAGAGAAACCCAACACUCAGUACCCAAGAUGGAAGAUUUUCUGGCCACCCAUUUCGCUCCAAUGGCCCACUAUUCCGACGGCCGAGUUGAUGCCGCCGAAGAGUCGUCCCUCAGCUCUGUCUACGAACAAGAUCUGAAGACGAUUGCUGCAGCGGCACCGGUCGGAUUCCAUGCAUUCUCGGCGAAUUCAGGCUCAGAGGCUGACGACUCUGCGUCGGUGACAGGGAACAUGCUCCCGACCGGCAACUUUUCUGACUACUCGCCGGAGUCCGGGAGUGAGCUGGCAUUUUCAGAGAAUACACGUGGGUUUUCGUUGGUGGGGCCACAGAGGCUGGAGAAAGCUGGCGGUGGUGUGGUUAUUGCAGCUGCAGCUGAUGCUGCAGUGGCUAAGGUGGCUGAUGCCUCUGGUCAGAGAACUUCAGUUUACAGAGGGGUAACAAGACACAGAUGGACUGGACGAUACGAAGCGCAUCUGUGGGAUAACAGCUGCAGGAGAGAAGGGCAGUCAAGGAAAGGAAGACAAGUCUAUUUAGGUGGGUAUGAUAAGGAAGACAAAGCUGCAAGGGCUUACGACCUUGCUGCCCUCAAGUACUGGGGAUCGACAGCCACUACCAACUUUCCAGUUUCAAAUUACAGUAGAGAAAUUCAUGAGAUGAAGAACAUGACCAAGCAGGAGUUCAUAGCAUCUUUAAGAAGGAAAAGCAGUGGCUUUUCAAGGGGAGCUUCCAUUUACAGAGGGGUGACAAGGCAUCACCAACAAGGGCGGUGGCAAGCAAGGAUCGGCCGAGUCGCUGGGAACAAAGAUCUCUAUCUUGGAACAUUCAGCACUGAAGAAGAAGCCGCCGAGGCCUAUGACAUUGCAGCCAUCAAGUUCAGGGGCAUCAACGCCGUGACCAACUUCGAGAUAAGCCGAUAUGACGUGGAUGCCAUUGCCAACAGCGCCCUCCCCAUCGGCGCUGCUGCUAAGCGGCUCAAGCUCUCCCUCCAAGCCGAACAGCACAACCUCAACCACCUGAUUGUGGACCACACAUCAGCCAUCUCUCACCCCACCCUGGGGGACCCAACCACCUCUCUCUUCCAUAACCUGCUCCAGCUCCACCCUGCCGACUCGGCCAGCUCUCUCGCCUACGGACCCAUCGAGCAGGCGGCUCUCUAUCCGAACGACCGAAGUUUUUGCUACCCCACCACAGCUGACAGCCAUUGUAGCGAUAGCACAGUAGCUAAUGCAGAUCAACCAUGGACUGCAAUGCACUCGUUGUAGUGCAGCUGACUCGGGCGGUUCGAGGUAGGUAGUUUCUGUUAUAAUGACUGAAAUGCCCCUAAUACUUUCCCUAAAUGACUGAUGUGCCACUUUUGACUCAUUGCUUUCUGUUUUGCUAAUCACAACUUACAGGACUGGUAUUUGUAGAAUUUUCAUUUAAUCAGAGAUGUUUUGAAUCAA